AUGGUCCGCAUCGCGCUUGACGUUAUUCGAGGGGUCGACUACCUGCACAAAAAGAAGAUUGUGUACUGCGAUCUCAAGUCCGAAAACGUCCUUGUCAGCGACGAUGGCCACGCCAAGCUCGCCGACUUUGGCAUUAGCCAGCAGACCACGCGUCGCGGCGAUGCGAAACAACAAGGCACACCGCAGUACAUGGCGCCCGAGCUCACGGGCUCCGCAGCCGCCGCGCCGACUUAUGCCUCGGACGUCUAUGCAUUUGGCAUUCUUCUCACAGAGCUCGAUGCCAACACGGGCAUGGUGCCGUACGAGACGAUUGAUUACAACAACAACCACUUUGCGCUAUGGAAAGAAGUCCGAUCCGGUCUGCGUCCCGCGCUUCGUGACGAUUGCCCUCUUUGGUUCCGCGAGCUGGCGGUCCAGUGCAUGGCGACGGUCCCGAGCGACCGCCCUUCUGUGUCGACGAUCAUCGACAUUUUGGAUAAGAACUUGCGCGACAUGUAG